CACAACUAUUAUCUCUCUCUGCUUCCUACGUUUUCUCUCUUUUCUGCAUUUUGCAACGUUUUCGGCCUCCUGGGAUUCUAGUCUUCCUGAAGGAAAAUGUCCCGGCCCAGUGGUCAAGCCAGUAACAGUGCUGACGGUCAACCUGAGAGUAUCAACAUUACCGUAAAGGGUCAGGAUGGGAGUACAGUGGUCUAUAAGAUUGGGCGCAAGAUCAAGUUAAGCAAGCUCCUCCAUUCUUACUGUCAAAGGAAGCAAUUGGACUAUCGGACAGUGCGAUUUGUUCAUGAAGGUCGUCAUGUUCCAGGGCAACAUACGGCAGACAAGCUAAAAUUGGAGGAUGGAGCUGAAAUUUUUUGCAUGUUUCUUCAAACGGGAGGUGGCUUCCAUAUUAUGCCAAAGACAACUUAAUUAGGCUUUUAGCUUAUUGUACAAGGUGGACUACUUUUAAGAGAACAGUAUCUGACUGAUGUGGCAAUAUGUGGGGGAAGUCUAAUUAGUUUUACUAUGUCGAAUUUGUAAUGAUCAAUGUUGUUCCAUUUUGGAUACAUAUUGAUCCUGAACUUAUGUAAAAUAUAAGGAUGGUUGAACUCUUGUGCA